UUAAGCAUAGCCGCUUUCAAGAUGCUUGACAUAAAACUAAUGGUGAUCUUGGCCUUGGUUCCCAUUCUUCUACUGUACUGUAUAUCAGUCAGGUCAACCACCCUUUGCCUUGGCUUUACAUCCUCACACCUUCAGGACAUGCCAAGCACUGUAGAAUUAAGUAUGGCUGCAAGCUCACUCUUCAUAGCCAAGACUCCUGUCUUGCUUUAGUCAGUGAUGACAACGUUCGGUUUCAAGUCAUAUUCUUCGUCAACCGUGGAGAACGAGUACUUUAUCCUUUUACGGAGCGCAGUUAGCCACAUUGGCAAAUAUAAGUGUCAUGGACUUUUGUCAGGAGAAAUGCAGCAGGAAUGUCAUACGCACUCUUCCUACUUCCAGGGCAAGGUACACGGGCUGAUUUGGUGGCUGUCCGAUGAGAUGAACGCAGUGAUGGUAAAUGAGACACAAGAGUGUCAUCAGUGCUACCCAUAAGGGUGCCUGGAAUAGAG